GGACAGCACUUUCGCGUUUGUUCUGCUCGCCUGCGCCCAUUAGCAUCAACGGGCUGCAAUGGCGGCCACUGGUAUCCCGCUACACUGCAACAUCUGCCCAAAGAGGCCCAACUUUAGCGAUGUCUCUCAUCUGCUCACCCACAUUGCCAGCAAGGGGCAUUUGUCUCACUACUACAAGGUCAAGGUUCGUUCCGGAAGCGAGGAUGCAUCCCGAAGAUUGAUCGAAGCCUACGACCGAUGGUAUGCCGAGUGGAAUGUCGAAGAUCUAAUGUCGGAGCGCAUGAGCCAAAAAGACAAGCGCCGAACGCGUACGAGGACUAUUGUUCGAGCGAACCCAGCGCCCAAGAUUGAAGCCCCAGCUCCACGGUCCACACGUCCUCGCGCAGCAGUCAGCGCUCUACUCGAUCCACGCCUCUCUGAGCAUCACAUGGUCAAAAUUGAGGCUUCUGUCACGCCGACUCCUCCUCCACCCGGUCCCAUACUCCGGCAUCGUGCUUUUCCUCCUCGGAUGCAAUAUUGGCCCACAGGUUCUCGCUCUACAUCGCACAGCUAUACCAACCCAGACUACGAGACCUCGAGCGAGUACUCAGAUCCGAGCGAUCGGAGACGUUACCAGUACCAUGUGGAUGACUCUUGUGCCAUUGAUGACGAUCCCGCCGAUACCGCCACAUUUUCGACAGAAGAUACCGGAGGUACGAGCGAGUGCACAAAACUUAAGGGGGUCUACUGGCCUGGCAUGGAUCUAUUUGACUCAGCCACUCCGGAGAUGCGGCGCAAGCGGAAUCAGAAGAAAGACAUCUCCGUCGUCGAGCAACUGGAACUCAACUCGCAAGAGGUAGAGCCUACCGAGCUCAUCUUCACCCCACACGGGUCAUUCAAGAAGCAACGAAGGAUCUCGGGUUCAGUUUAUGAUGACGAAGAGAGCAGCCCCAUUAAAGCUGAGAGCCCGAGGCCUUACCUGACGCGUCCCGCUCUGGCAGACUUGGAUCCCAACGCUGCACGUCGCACCCGCCAGCACUUUCGACCACCAGUUUUUCCGUACGCUUCUCGCAAUCCGUAUGAGAACGACCAUGGUCAUUCCGGAUAUGGUUACGGGGAUCUCCAUGGACAGCGAAGGAGGCGCGCGUUUGAUGUGUUCCAGGAUGACGAAGUCACUUUCGCUCAACCUGCAAGCCUCAAUUACCUCACCGCUGGCUUUCAUCACCACCACCAUCAUCAACAGCAACCGUCGCCAUCACCAGCGCCAUCCUUUGCUCCUUACAAAGCAUACAAUGACUCCUACACGGGACACGAAAACAAGGAGAACAUCUUGCCUGCUUACCACCCUCCCACGUAUGAUCAUCAUCACCAUCAUCAACCGUCGGGAUACAACUACCCAGCAUACGCAUAUGGUUUAGGGCACGACCAUUACGCGUUCCAGUCUGGUCACCCGAUUUACAUGAACAACGGGUAUCUGCAGCAACACAAUGAGGUCGCUGAUGAUCAGCGUACCCUCACCGCUCCUCCUUCACCAUCUACGGCCUAG